GCACAGCUGUUUUUAUUGAACACAAUGUACUAAUUCCAUCCGGAAAUAGAUGUUGUCCAGGUCAUCUGGAAAAUGGACGCUUUACAAGUGCGGCUAUUCAGCAAUUACCGACAACAGACCAUGCAUUUGUUAACAGAACGACCAUCCUAAGUUUACUUCAACAGAUGCGUGAUUUAUGCCAUAAACAUGAAAAGUCUUAUUUGGACUUUGAUGAAGCAAAGACUCUGACAGAAACAGACUAUUCAUCUCUGCUGGGACUCAACAAGGAAAAUUUCCAUACAAUAUGUGAUUCUGUGAAAACUGAAGUGAAACCAACACCAUCUAGAAGUCUUAGAAAAUCAGUAGCCAUAUUCCUCUGAAAAUUAAAGACCGGAUUAUCAAAUCAAAUACUGUCAACACUUUUUCAAACUUCCAAAUCCAGUUUAAGAAGAGCUAUUAGUGCUGUAAGAAAGGCAAUGAUGAUCAGUUUUGUUCCGCACAGUCUUGGGUUUGAGCAUGUAACUAGAGAGGAAGUCAUAAAUGACCAUACUCGGCAGCUAGCACAGACACUGUUCGGUAACAUCGAGAAGAAACAGGCCAUAUUGGUAUUGGACGGAACAUACAUAUACACAGCCAAGAGUAAUAAUUUCCAUUACCAAAGACGUUCUUACAGCAUCCACAAGGGGAGACCACUUAUCAAGCCUAUGGUGAUUGUGACUACUACUGGUUACUUUGUCUCAAUCUUAGGACCAUACCUUGCUGAUAAUAAAAACAAUGAUGCUUCAAUCCUCCAACACAUCAUCAAAACAAAUGCAGAAGAUAUUCGGAACUGGCUUAGUGAAGAAGACAUCUUUAUUGUUGACCGCGGGUUCAGAGAUGCUUUGCCUCUGCUUGAAGAUCUUGGAAUCCAGGCAGAAAUGCCCCGAUUUUUGGAAAAGGGACAAAAACAAAUGACUUCUGAUGAUGCAAAUAUGAGCAGACUUGUGACAAAGGUCAGAUGGGUAGUUGAAUCAUCAAAUGCACGCAUCAAAAGGUGGCGAUAUUUGGACAAGACACUACCCACUAAUCAAAUUUCCUUCAUCGGGGACUAUGUCAGAAUUGUUUGUGCACUGUCAAACAGAUUCUUCCCACCCCUAAGUAAAAGUGAUAGCAAUGAGGCAGAUGAUGCAGAGGCAGCAAAAAUGCUCUUUUUGUCCAAACAGGUGAAUAAUCUCAAACAAAUGGUUCAAGAGAAUGGACUUAACAGGAGACCUACUCAAUGGCAGACAGUUCUGGAAUGUGAAAUUCAGAAUUUCCCCAUGUUGGAUGAGGAUCAGUUGCGGAAUUUGACUUGUGGCACCUAUCAGCUGAAGCUCUCCCGCAGCUAUAUUCAGGAACACAUUGAGGGAGAAUGUGAUAUUUCUUUUCAUAAAGAUAAUGAUAGGCUCCUAAGAGUAAAAAUUCAGAGUCGGCACACAUCAUCAAAACAGUAUUUAGUUUGGAUUGAAUAUUCUGAUUGCUCUGUAGAAGCAUGGUAUUGUACCUGCAGAGCGGGUGCCAGAGUUGUAGGCAUGUGCUCUCACAUAGCAGCCAUCAUUUGGUACCUGGCAAAAGGAAGGCAUGAGGGAAGAACGUAUGGUGUGCGUGAUUGGAGUGAGCAUGUCCUUGAUGCAGCUGACAUCCCGCCUACUUUGGACGAGUCAGACAGUGAAGUCAGUAGCUGUGAAAGUGUUCCUGAGGAGUGAACAG